AUGUAUGGUCAACUGAAAACGCAGGUUGUGUACCACAAAGAACAUCUACUGUUUAAGUAUGAUGUGGAAGUGUGGAAACAUGAGAAGAGAGGCUACAAUAAGCUUAAGCCCGUCGUGGAGCUUACGAAUCAAGAGGAUAAGUAAGUUUUUUCUAUUUUUUUCAUUUUUUAGACAAUAAAUAGACGAUUCAAUGUUUUUACUAGCUGUAUAUACGUAUUAUUUAUGCUGGGAAGAAUUGAAAAUGUCAAUUUGUCCGAUUUUACAGGUUUUAUAAGUUAUUUUUGGCAGUAUGUUCACUAAUUUGAAAAAUUUUUAUGUUAUCUUAUUUUUAUCAUAACUUUUUUGAAAAUAUAGUUAAAGACUUGAAACUUUGCGUGAUUAAAGGUCGUUUAUAAAGCUCAGUAUAGCAUUAAAGAAAAUUUUAAAUUUUGAUAAAGUUACGAAGUUACGGUAGUUUUAGUAAAGGUUACUUUUUCAAAGUUUGACAAAUAAUUUUUUAAAAUUAACGUUUUUUUAAGCUUAAAAAUGUUUGUUCAUAAGAGAUUCCAGUACAUACUGUUAUAUUAAUGUAUGUUAUAGUACAAAAUUUAUGUAAUAAAUAAUUUUUUUUCAGACCGACAAGAUCAGAGAGAAUUGUAUUGCGCACGGCUUUGGUCGAUGAAGUAGUAGGAAGAAGGAAGGUGGACUAUUUGUAUGAUGGUAAACAUCUUUUGUUUACGACUGAACCCAUUCUGGCUAAAAAAGAAGUUGUCUUAAACUUCAAAGAUGGCUACGGAGUUGCUGGAGAUUAUCACGUCGAGAUCAGCAACGAAUCCCCUCAAAAACAGGGGGAUUUGAACGACAACCUUCUGAUGACUUUGUUGGAGAUUGGUACUUCAAAGCCGUUCGUUAAGCUGUUUGGUUUUGAGCUUCUACAACGUUCGGUCAUGUUCGACAACAAUGAAUCUGGUUGGGUCGACGAGAGAACUGGGAUUGCUGUUCGAAGGGCUUACAAGAAGCAGGCAGAAAUCCUUCCCAGUUUUGAAGGCAACUUGGGUCUUGCCAGCAUCGUGGUGAUUGACAGUAAGUUUUGUUUAUUUUGGUAUUGUUAUUUGUAUGAAAAUCGCCAUUUUGCGCGUUUUUAUAAUAUGAGGUUUCUGAUACAGUGGCGGCAAAAAAAAUGGGACACGACGGUUUCGAGUGUAACUUUCUUAAAACUGAACGAGUUAGGCUUAAAAUUUUUGUGACUUUACAAUAUUCUUUUUUCAACAAAGUUUCAAAAAAAAUUUUUUUGUUGAUUCAAAAAAUUUACUGUAAUUCUACCGUACCCUACAAUUCCGAAUUAUAUGCAUAAUUCUUUUUAAUUUGAAGAUGUACGUUUUAUAGAGCCUAAAAAUUUGUACAAUUUCUGAAAGUUUUGGUUUUGAACGUUUUUAAAUGCCACAACUCAUGAACAAAAAAAAAUUGAAAGAUACAACUUUCAGAACUUGUACAACUUUUUAUGCUCUUUAAAACGUACAUCUGCGACUUUUUAAAAAAAUUAUGCACAUUUUUCUAUAGGGUACGGUUGAAUUACUGUAACUUCGUUGAAUCGGUAAGAAAAAAAUUUUUUUUUGCAAUUUUGUUGCCAAACAGAAUAUUGUAAAGUCACAAAAAUUUUAUAAAUUUUAAGCCUUAUAAGGCGCCUUACUCUUUUAGUUUCAAGAAAGUUCUACGCAAAAUCGUCGUGUCCCAUUUUUUAUUGCCGCCAUGGUAUUUCAAAUUUUUUUUUUACAUUUUUCAAAAAUUUUUUUUAAUUUUAUCAAUUUCAGUAAAGCAUGAGGCCUUUUAUGGGCUUCAAACCCCUCUAUUUUUACACGACCUUCUCAGAAAACGACUGUUUUUUGGAGAAACUGUGAAAAAGUUUGAGGAAAACUUCGAAGGAGUAAUCCUUGGAGUAAAAUACGACUUAUCCCAGCGGGUUAAGUUUCAUCGUUUUUCAGACGUGCCAAUUGGCCAAUUGGUGUAAGUUUUUGGUAAAAAAAGUUUGAAGUUUUAAAAUAUUUUUUUUUGAAAAAAAUUGGGUCUAAAACAUGAAAAAAGUUAGUUUUUUUGAACUUCUUAAAUUUUUUUUUGAACUUUUUAAAAAUUUUUAAUGUUAAUAUUGUCUUUCAGGGUAAACGGCACAAAUCAAUUAGUGCCAGCUUUUCUAUACAAUAAAUAUGGAAUUGAGGUAAAAAUGGCUUUUCCGGCGAUGGUAACUGAAGAAGGCCAAUAUUACCCAAUGGAGUACUUGUUCCCUAUAGCUGGGCAGUUCGCAAGUAAAGAGGCUAGGCGUGGAACGAAUCUGCAAAAAGUAGGCGUUUUUGAAGGUUUUUGAUUUUUUUUUGAAAUUUAAUUUUUUUAAAUUAAAAUUUUUUAAAUUUUAAUUUUUUUGAAUUUUUAAAUUUUUUUUUGAAAUUUUAAUUUAAUUUUUUUUUAAUUUUAAAGAAAUUAAAGGAUUUUUUAAAAGUUUUUAUGUUUUAAGAAAGUAAAAAUUGUUAUUUCGGUUAAACCUAUUUUAAAAAUUGUCAUUUUUAGCAUCUGGAUGAAGUAGAAAACUUCAAACAAGUCAGGGGAAUCCAUAGUAUAAUGAGAGAUCACAGUGCCUUUUUUGAAAAGUUUGGUAUCUUCCUCAAAGGCACGACAAUGGUCGACGAAUCCUUCUAUUCGGAUUCGGGAUAUGCCGAUUCUUUGGAUCUCAGAUCAAGAUGUCCAUCUGGGUAAGAGGUUUUUGAAAUUUGAUCGUUUAUGUAUAUGUCAUAACUUGUCCUUGUUUUAAAAAAAUCAUUAGUUCAGUACUAUUAGGUGCCGACAUAAAGAACCCGCCAUAUUUUUCUUGUAAUUCCCUGUAAAAAAUGGCGGGAUCUUUAUGUCAGUACCUAGUAUUAUAGUAUGCAUUAGGUUGUUUGAAUAAUUCUGGGCCUCUAACUCCGGAUAUUUGAUUUGAUAGGGGCACAGCAUUAUUUGAACAACUUAAUAGUAAAAGUAGGCAGUUUAUAGAAAGACAGUUUAUUUAUAGUCGGGUUGGUAAAAAAUCUUUCUCAGGGGGGGGGGUAAAAAUUUUUUCUCAGGGGGGGGAGCGUAAAAAUUUUUUUCAGGGGGGGGGCUAAAAAAUUUUUAUUGGAUUUUAUUUUUGAAAUUUUAGAGAAUUCUGA